AUGAAUCUGGAAAACCUGCACCGGCACCCGAGCCAUGUGCGAGGCAUGAUAAGAUCGCGGAAGUUACUCGCGCUGAUUCUUUUUGUCGGCACUGCUGCUCUCACUCUAUACCUCCUCCAAACCCCCGGGCAGAUCCAGACCCUCGAGGAGUCGACGGCCUCUCUCUUUCAAGGCCACCAUGCGCACGAGGAGAACCAGCCGCUCCUUCCGGCGAGCUCCCUGUUGCACCCGGUCCACCAGCUAGUCACCCAGGGAGAGAGUGACUUUCAGACUGUUCGAGCCCGUCAGUCGCGAUCCCUCAGCGAUGCCGUGGCCGAGUACCGCAGGCGGUACAAGCUGCCUCCUCCUCCGCACUUCGACAAAUGGUACAACUUUGCGAAGAAGCGGGGCGUCGAGCUCAUUGACGAGUAUGACACGAUAUAUCAUCAAUUGCUGCCGUUUUGGGCACUGGAGCCCGCGGUCAUAAGAGAGAGGACAAGAGAAGCCAUUGGAUUCGACAAUGCCCUGAUCGCUGUCAUGAUCCGCAAUGGCAAGGUCACCAAGAUUGAAGGAGGCGGGGACAUGUACGAGUGGCAUAGGGAGGCGACUCCUAUCAUGUUGAAGGAUUUUGUCAAAUUCCUGCCCGACAUGGAUUUGGCAUUCAACAUUCAUGACGAGCCUCGCGUGGUGAUGCAGCACGAUGACCUCCUGCAUCACGUCCAAGUGGCCAAGGACGAGAACAUACCCAAGGCCUACAGUGCCCAGAAGCUGAAGAACGAUUGGUCGCGCCGCGCCGAAGAUCUGGGAGAAGGCAUCCGUAUCAAAGAAUACAAAACCACCCGCUUCAACCGGUUCGCCCAUCAACCGACGUGGAGCAAUUCCCGCAUCUCCUGCUCUCCGGACAGCGCUGCCCGUGUCUGUCUCAACGACGCCUGCCCAGACAAUAUUACUGCCUACUCCGACUUGCCGCUGGGCUUCAUCAAGAACACCACCGCCUUCUCCGACAUCUGCAACUCUCCCAGUAUGGAGAAAUCAUUCGGUUUCUUCGACCGCCCCAACGCGUUCGACGUCACACACGACCUGUUCCCCAUCUUCUCGCAGUCCAAAAUCUCUUCCUUUCAAGACAUCCUAUACCCCUCGCCUUGGUACUUUAUGGGUCGUGUCAAAUACGAGCCGGAACGGGAUAUGCCUUGGGAACAGAAGGCCCCCACGAUGUACUGGCGAGGCAGCACGACAGGCGGUUUCUCUCGCGACGGCGGAUGGAGAAGACAACACCGUCAGCGGUUUCUCACAAAGAUCCAGCCACUCAACACGGCCAAGGUUCUCGAACUAGACACUAACACCUCGGCCGAAGACUCUUUGUGGCGCGAGAAGAUCAUUUCCGCAGCCGAGGUCGCGCAUUAUUUUGACGUCAAGUUCACGUACAUUGGACAAUGUGACCCUGGCGACUGUGACGCCCAACGAGAGUACUUUGGAACCGUGGAGCCUGUGAAUAUGUUUGACGCGCUUGGGUCUCGCUAUCUGCUUGAUAUAGACGGCAAUGCCUUCUCGGGCCGGUAUUAUGCAUGGCUGCUGAGCAAAUCUCUGGUAUACAAGCUCGCAGUGUUUCGUGAGUGGCAUGACGAAUGGCUUAGGCCGUGGGUGCAUUACGUUCCGCUCGGUCUGAUUGGCGAUGAGUACGCGGAGAGCGUGAGAUAUUUUGACCAAGAGGAGGCUGGCAAGGUGGAGGGGAAGAGGAUAGCAGAGCAAGGGAGGAGUUGGGCACAAAAGGUGCUACGCAAUGAGGAUUUGGAGGUGUGGUAUUUCCGGCUGUUGUUAGAAUACGGCCGCCUGAUCGAUGAUAACCGAUAUAAUAUUGGCUUCGGCAUCUAA